AGUAAUGUAGAACCAUACAAACGAAAACAAAAACCAACUCAGUGAAGUGUUGGAGAAGCAAUCAAACUACGAAUGACAUCUUAUCCCGGGAUGGGGCGUUCAGCCCAUCUCGUUUAUGCUCUUGGUUUUGUAAUCAUGGCAACAAUGGUUGCUGCUUCUUAUGAGCCCUACACUUAUAGCUCUCCACCACCACCAAUGUACAAUUCUCCUGCACCGAAAGUUGACUACAAGUCUCCACCACCUCCUUACGUAUACAGUUCUCCUCCACCUCCACCAAUGUAUUCGCCAUCUCCUAAAGUGGAUUAUAAAUCCCCACCACCUCCUUACGUCUACAGUUCACCACUACCGCCAUACUAUUCACCUUCUCCAAAGGUGGAUUACAAAUCUCCACCACCUCCUUACGUGUAUAGCUCGCCACCACCACCACCCUACAUAUACAGUUCUCCACCCCCACCACCAUACUACUCACCUUCUCCUAAGGUAGACUACAAGUCUCCACCACCUCCUUACGUCUAUAGCUCUCCACCACCACCCCCUUACGUUUACAACUCACCACCACCACCCCCGUACUACUCACCCUCUCCUAAAGUCGAUUACAAAUCUCCUCCACCACCUUACGUCUACACUUCUCCACCACCACCAUACUAUUCACCUUCUCCAAAACCCGCAUACAAAUCUCCACCACCUCCAUAUGUUUACAACUCUCCACCACCACCAUACUACUCACCUUCUCCAAAGGUUGAUUACAAAUCUCCACCACCUCCUUACGUCUACAAAUCUCCACCACCACCAUAUUACUCACCUUCACCUAAACCAAUAUACAAAUCUCCACCCCCACCGUAUGUUUACAGCUCACCACCACCACCAUACUACUCGCCUUCACCCAAACCCAUAUACAAAUCUCCACCCCCACCAUACGUCUACAGCUCCCCACCACCACCUUAUUACUCUCCGUCACCCAAACCAUCAUACAAGUCUCCACCACCUCCGUACGCAUACAGCUCACCACCACCACCAUACUACUCGCCUUCACCCAAACCCAUAUACAAAUCUCCACCCCCACCAUACGUCUACAGCUCCCCACCACCACCUUAUUACUCUCCGUCACCCAAACCCUCAUACAAAUCGCCACCACCACCAUAUGUCUACAGCUCUCCACCACCACCAUACUACUCGCCUUCACCUAAACCAGCAUACAAAUCUCCACCACCACCAUAUAUCUACAGCUCUCCCCCACCACCAUACUACUCGCCUUCACCCAAGCCCGUAUACAAAUCCCCACCACCGCCAUACGUCUACAGCUCCCCACCCCCACCUUACUAUUCUCCAUCACCUAAACAUGUAUACAAAUCUCCACCACCUCCGUAUGUCUACAGCUCUCCGCCCCCACCAUACUACUCUCCUUCUCCUAAGCCCGCGUACAAAUCUCCUCCACCACCAUAUGUCUAUAGUUCUCCUCCACCACCAUACUAUUCUCCUUCCCCUAAGCCCGCAUACAAAUCACCACCACCUCCGUAUGCCUACAGCUCUCCGCCCCCACCAUACUACUCUCCUUCUCCUAAGCCCGCUUACAAAUCUUCACCACCACCAUAUGUAUACAGCUCCCCACCUCCACCUUAUUACUCUCCUUCACCAAAACAUGUAUACAAAUCACCACCACCACCAUAUGUUUACAACUCUCCACCACCACCAUACUAUUCACCAUCACCUAAGGUGGUAUACAAAUCUCCACCACACCCACAUGUUUGUGUUUGUCCACCUCCUCCUCCAUGUUACUCUCCUUCUCCAACACCAUAUGUUUACCAUUCUCCACCUCCCCCACCUUAUUACUCGCCUUCACCUAAACAUGCAUACAAAUCCUCACCACCACCGUACGUCUACAGUUCUCCACCACCACCAUACUACUCCCCUACUCCUAAGCAUGCAUACAAAUCUCCUCCACCACCAUACGUUUACAGCUCCCCACCACCACCAUACUACUCUCCUUCCCCUAAGCCCACAUACAAAUCUCCUCCACCACCGUAUGUCUAUAGCUCUCCACCCCCACCACCGUAUUACUCCCCUUCUCCAAAGGUUGAGUACAAAUCUCCUCCACCACCAUAUGUUUACAGCUCUCCACCUCCACCACCGUAUUACUCUCCUUCUCCAAAGGUUGAGUACAAAUAUCCUCCACCACCAUAUGUUUACAGCUCUCCUCCCCCACCACCGUAUUAUUCUCCUUCCCCAAAGGUUGAAUACAAAUCUCCUCCACCACCAUAUGUCUACAGCUCUCCACCACCACCACCAUAUUACUCUCCUUCCCCAAAGGUUGAGUACAAAUCUCCUCCACCACCAUAUGUCUACAUCUCUCCACCGCCACCACCAUAUUACUCUCCUUCCCCAAAGGUUGAGUACAAAUCUCCUCCACCACCAUAUGUCUACAGCUCUCCACCGCCACCACCAUAUUACUCUCCUUCUCCAAAGGUUGAGUACAAAUCUCCCCCACCACCUUAUGUCUACAGCUCUCCACCUCCACCACCAUAUUACUCUCCUUCUCCAAAGAUUGAGUACAAAUCUCCUCCACCACCAUAUGUUUACAGCUCUCCACCUCCACCACCAUAUUACUCUCCUUCUCCAAAGGUUGAGUACAAAUCUCCUCCACCACCAUAUGUCUACAGCUCUCCACCUCCACCACCAUACUCUCCUUCUCCAAAGGUUGAGUACAAAUCUCCUCCACCACCUUAUGUCUAUAGUUCACCACCUCCACCAGCGUAUUACUCUCCUUCACCAAAGGUCGACUACAAAUCGCCACCACCACCAUAUGUCUACACAUCUCCACCACCACCAACAUAUUCUCCAUCUCCAAAGGCCGAAUACAAAUCUCCUCCCCCACCUUCGUAUUAUUAAACUCGUUCUAUAUAAUUCAUAAAUAAGAUACCAAGUCUCAUCUGAUGUUUUAUCUUUUUAUUUUUCGUGUGCUAGUCCUUUUUAAUUUCCAAGGUUCGAAUGAAUUCUUUGGCUAUUGAAAUUUCAUUUAAAUCAUGUUUCCAUUGUCUUUUCUAUGGGUUACAUGGUUUCCUUUAAUCCAUAUGUAAGUUUGUUGCAGUUCUAUGCAUCAUGUUAUUGACCUUAUUGUUUGGGCCAGUAUUAUUACGCUAUCCAGAUUUCCAUAUAAAUUUCCCUGAUAAAUAAAGCUUCUAUGAUAAUUCCAAAUU